GGUUUGUUCCACUUUCAUUUUCUAUGCAGAUGAUGGCUCCAGGGGUGACCAAUCUCACUGUCAUGACAGAAUUUGUCCUCCUGGGGUUCCCCACCCAUGGGACCAUGGGCUUCUUGCACCCACUGCUCUUCUUCCUCGUCUACCUGUGCGCCCUGCUUGGGAACGGGCUCAUCGUCCUCAUCACCACCCUGGACCAGCACCUCCACACCCCCAUGUACUUCUUCCUGAGGAAUCUGUCAUUCACAGAUCUCUGCCUUAUCUCAGUCACGGUCCCCAAGUCCAUUGCCAACUCUCUGAGGCACAGCAGCUCCAUCUCGUUCCCGGGCUGUGUUGUCCAGGUGUUCAUGAUGGUUAUGUCAGCAGGUACAGAGAUGCACCUGCUUACUGUGAUGAGCCUUGACCGCUAUGCUGCCAUCUGCCACCCCCUGCACUAUGAUGUCAUCAUGAGCAGGGACAGGUGUGUGCAGCUGACAGCUGUGUCCUGGCUGGGUGGGGGCAUCAUCUCUGUGAUGAAUACAGCUGGAACCUUCUCCUUGUCCCACUGUGGGUCUAACGUGGUCCACCAGUUCUUCUGUGACAUCCCCCAGUUAUUGGCUAUUUUCUGCUCAGAAAAUGUAAUGAACAAACUUGUCCCCAUUCUCAUUAGUGCUGUGUUGAGUAUCUGCUAUUUUAUUUUCAUCAUCAUUUCCUACGUCCACAUCUUCUCUGCUGUCAGGAAGAUCCCAUCCACAGAAGGUAAGGCCAAAGUCUACUCCACCUGCCUUCCCCACCUGCUGGUUGUGGUGCUGUUUCUCUCCACUGGAUGUUUUGCUUAUCUGAAGCCAACCUCAGGGACUCCGUCCACGUCUGACCUGGUAAUUUCUAUGUUCUACACGGUGGUGCCCCCCACCUUUAAUCCUGUCAUAUACAGUCUGAGGAACCAAGCCUUGAAGACGGCUGUGGGGAGACUGAUAAAAGGCCAAUACUACAAAAAGUAAGAUACCACAAUCCACAAUUAUAACCCCUCAUUUAUUUAAUUUCUCCCCUCUAACUCUU